CCCGCUCUGGCCUGGUCGUCGUCCGCAGCCGCCCUGUCUCCUUGCUGCCUUGGCCUGCGUCCCAGACCACCGUCUCGGUCCUGCAUCUCAGCCCUCGUCUCGGCCCUGCGACUGCUGUUUGGACCUUCGUCUGCGACUCUCCUCGGCACCCAAGCAUACCGCCAGCAACAGCUCGCCAUGGCCGCCGUCUCUGAACCCCCAUCCUCCAGCGUCAUCCCGUCGGUACGCCCGAUAAAGGUCGCUCCUCCCAAGCACAAGAAACAGCCGUCCUUUUGGCUCCACUUUGCGGCCGGAGGAACUGCCGGUGCCAUCGGCGCAACAAUUCUCUGCCCACUGGAAGUCGUCAAGACCCGCUUGCAGUCUUCGCUGUACCAGCCGAUGGAAACCCGGGCCAAAUCGCUGAACCCGUUUCGUGCCGCCCUCCUCAGCAUGACCGGUGUGGUCGAUAUCCUGAGGUCCAUUCGCCAGCAAGAAGGCAUCCGCGCUCUGUGGAAGGGUCUCGGUCCCAACUUGAUCGGCAUCAUCCCGGCGCGGUCGAUCUACUUCUCUGCAUACAGCCAGGGCAAGCAUCUCUACACACACCUGAACGAUGGCAAGGAGACGUCGAUCGUCCACAUGGCCUCGGCUGCGACAGCAGGUAUCUGCACAGCUGUUGGCACCAACCCCAUCUGGCUCAUCAAGACGAGAAUGCAACUACAAUCUGAAAGCAAGAGCCUCGGCAACGCUCUUCCCUACAAAAACAGCUUCCACUGCGCCUACAUGAUCGUCAAGAACGAGGGAAUCGGCGCGCUCUACACCGGCCUCUCGGCCAGCUUCCUCGGUCUUGCCGAGUCGACAUUCCAGUUUGUCAUCUACGAGAAGAUGAAGAGCUACAUGAAGCAGAUCCGAAAGGAGCAACGUUCCAAGCAGUCGGGCGCAGAAAGCACGGGCUUUUCGCUUUCUCACGAGACACAAGAUGCCGUCGACACCUUGGCCACAGCCAGUAUCGCCAAGCUUGUUGCUGCCAUCAUCGCCUACCCGCAUGAGGUACUACGAACGCGCAUGAGACAGCCACCCAUCAACGGCGUCCAAAAGUACACGGGAUUGUGGAAGACCGCCGCCCUGGUUUAUCGUGAGGAGGGCGUCCGGGCUCUCUACGGCGGCAUGACAGCGCAUCUUAUGCGUGUCGUUCCGAACGCCGCCAUCAUGUUCUUCUGCUACGAAGGCAUCGUGAAGCUGUUUGCGUGAUUCCACAUCCUCGCUGAUAUUGAUUCUGUGACUGUCGACUG